CGGAGCCAGGUGGUAGGGGCGGAGGCAGGUGUUAGGGGAGGAGCCAGAGGAGAGGACGUCAUGUUCAAGAAACGAAACUUAAGGAUCAUAGAAACCAAAGGCAUCCAACGUGGAAGCAGUUCUCUCUUUCAGGAGGAAAGAAGCAUUUUGGAAAACAUCGUCUGACACAGAAACCACAACAAGGAUGGCCUCUGCUAACACUUCCUGGUCUGAAGAGAACUUUUCCUGUCCCAUCUGUCUGGAUGUGUUCAGCAGCCCAGUUUCCACACCGUGUGGACACAACUUCUGCAGAACCUGUAUUAAUAAAUUCUGGGAUGAACAAGUCCAGUGCAAAUGUCCUAUUUGUAACCAGAUGUUCGACACUAGACCUGAUCCACAGGUCAAUAUCUUUGUAUCAGAGAUGGCUGAUCUGUUUAGAACGACCGUACGAGUAAAGGAGGGGCCUUGUUUUGAACCAGGAGAAGUUCCCUGUGACGUCUGCACUGGGACCCAGCUGAAGGCUGUGAAGUCCUGCCUAGUGUGUCUUAUCUCUUACUGCCAAACCCACCUGGAGCCACAUCAGAGAGUCGCAGGCCUGAAGAAACAUCGGCUGGUCGAGCCUAUGGACCGUCUGGAAGACAGGAUGUGUAAGAAUCACGACCGACUUCUGGAGCUCUUCUGCCAGACUGAACAGGUGUGUGUGUGUCAGUACUGCACAGAGGGGGACCACAAGUCCCAUCCUGUUGUACCUCUAAAGGAGGAAUAUGAAGUGAAGACGGCCCUGCUGGGGAAGAUAGAGGCUGAAGUUCAGCAGAUGAUCCAGGAGAGAAAACUAAAGAUUAAGGAGAUCAAAGACAUGGUUGAAUUUAGCAAGAAAGACGCAGACGGAGUGAUAGCCGAUGGUGGGCAGGUCUUCACUGCUUUGAUGCGUCGCGUUGAAAAGUGCAGAGAUGAUUUCAACCAAACAGUUAAAGAGAGACUGAAAACCACAGAGAAACAAGCUGAAGACCUCAUCAAAGAGCUGGAGCAGGAAAUAGAAGAUCUGACCAAUAGAAGCUCAGAGGUGAAGCCACUCUCACACACUAAAGACCACCUCCACUUCCUCCAGGCCUUCAGAUCCCUGAAGGAUCCUCCACCCACCAGGGACUGGACCACGGUGGAGGUCCGUCCUCCGUCAUACGUAGGGACCUUGAGGAGAUCCCUGGAUCAGCUGGAGGAGACACUGAACAUGGAGAUGAAGAAGCUGCCUCAUGAUGAACUGAAGAGGGUCCAGCAGUAUGAAGUGGAUGUGACUCUGGAUCCUGAUACAGCUAAUGUCUGGCUCAUCCUGUCUGAGGAUGGGAAACAAGUACAUGAUGGAGGUGUAGUGAAGAAACUCCCAGACAACCCUAAGAGAUUUACAUGGUAUACAUGUGUUCUCACGAGGCAGAGCUUCUCCUCAGGGAGAUUUUACUUUGAGGUCAAGGUUAAAGACAAGACUGUAUGGUGUUUAGGAGUGGCCAGAGAGUCCAUCGACAGAAAAGGUUGGACAGGGUUAACCCCUGAGACGGGUAACUGGACUCUUAACUACAACAAGAAUGGGUUGGUAUUUAGAGAUAACCCUGCUGUCCGUCUCCCCCUGAGAGCUGAGCUCCAGAAGGUGGGGGUGUUUGUUGAUUAUGAUGAGGGUCUGGUCUCCUUCUAUGAUGUGGAAGCCAGGGUUCAUAUCUACUCUGCUACGGGCUGCACCUUCAGUGAGCCUCUCUAUCCAUUCCUCGAUCCAUGUGAUCAUGAAAUUGGUAGAAACUCUGCCCCCCUGAUCAUCUCACCUGUCAAUCAAACAGACUAGGGCUUCUGUUUGAUAAUAGAAUAAUCAAACAACCAAAAUAACUAAUGUUUCCUGAAUGGGAAUCUCUACCAUGGGAAAUCUGAGAGAA